AUGGUGCUGGCGCGGCUGGGAGAGAGCCUAGUCGGCGCGCUGGCCCGGAUGGCCAAGGCGACGGUGGUGGACGACAAGGUGGUGCUGGACUGCCUCAACGACGUCUCGCGCGCGCUUCUGCAGGCCGAUGUCCGCUUCGAGACGGUCCGGGCCGUGCAGGCCAGCAUCAGGAGCGCCGUCAACCUCCAGUCCCUCGCCGCCGGCACCGACAGGCGCCGCGCCAUCAAGCAUGCGGUCGUCGACGAGCUGCGCAGGAUGCUGGACCCCGCGGCCGGGAGCGGGAAGCCGCCCUGCUUCGUCCCAAGGAAAGGGAGGAAGCCCGCCAGCGUGGUCAUGUUCGUCGGCCUGCAGGGCUCCGGCAAGACCACCACCUGCGUCAAGUACGCGGACUACCACCGACGGACGGGGUUCAGCCCCGCGCUGGUGUGCGCCGACACGUUCCGGGCCGGCGCCCUGGACCAGCUGAGGCAGAACGAGGCCAAGGCCGGCAUCCCUUUCUACGGAUCCUACACGGAGUCAGAUCCUGAGGCCGCUCUCCUGGAGGAGAUGCGUCAGCUCGAGGAGGCCACGCGGCCGGACCUGGUGGUGCUCGUCAUGGACGCCAGCAUCGGCCAGGCCGCGUUCCACCAGGCGCUGGCGUUCAAGCAGAGCGUCGAGGUUGGCGCCGUCAUCGUCACCAAGAUGGACGGCCACGCCAAGGGCGGCGGCGCGCUCAGCGCGGUUGCAGCUACAAAAAGCCCCGUCAUAUUCAUCGGCACCGGGGAGCAUAUCGCAGACCUGGAGGCCUUCGACGCCAGGUCCUUUGUGAGUCGUCUGCUAGGCAUGGGAUACUUGCCUGGCUUCAUGGACAAGAUCGAGGACGCCAUGACGAUGCCCAUGCCUCCUGAUCAAGGACAAGGACUGGAGCAGCUUCUGCACGAGCUGACGACGGUUAAAGGAGCCAGCUUCACUUUCACUCUCAGGGCUCUGUACAGUCUGUUCCGGUUAGUGCAGAGCAUGGGUCCUCUAAGGCAUCUCGUCUCCUUCCUACCAGCUGGAUUAUUGGGAGACAAGGGGAAGCAGGAGGAGGAAGGGCAGCAGGCCAAGAUCAAGAGGUACAUGACGAUGAUGGACUCCAUGAGUGCUGCAGAGCUUGAUGGGGCCGACCCGAUGAAGAUGAUGAUGACGAAACAGCAGCAGUCACGGAUCAACCGGGUCGCUCGGGGCUCCGGCAGGCCCGUCAGCCAAGUAGUGGAACUGCUGGAGGAGCACAAGCGAAUGGCCAAAAUGUUGAGCAAAUUCGCGCCUGCCCACCUUCGGAUCACAAAGAUCCCGGGGGAGGGUGACGAUGACGGUGAAGGAUUUGUCCCCAAGAGGAGUGCACGCCUUGCAGCAAAGAGCAAGUUCAGAGCCCAAAAACCUGAAGCGCAGGCGAGGAAGAUUCUUAGCUUUCAAUUGCAGACUGCUGGGAAGCACAACUUCAUGAUCUUUGAAGGCCGCAAGUUUGCUGACAUUGGGAACACGGUAACUAUGCAAUCUGAAGGGUGA